AGCAACUGGUGCGAGUUUAAUGGACAAGGAAGAGAUAUUUGUUUAGGUUUAGUCAGGAAAACAGACAUUUUUGUUGUUUCUUCUCGUUGUCGUGCUCUUUUUUAAUUUGUUAGCAUGCCUUUGUUUGCCCAAAAUCCAUUUGACCAAGAUGUUGAAAAGGCAACAAAUGAAAACAACACAACAGAUGACUGGGGGCUCAUUAUGGACAUCUGUGAUAAGAUUGGAACGACGCCUAAUGGACCGAAGGAUGGCUUGAGAUCAAUAAUGAAGAGAGUGAAUCACAAAGUGCCUCAUGUUGCCAUGCAGGCCCUUAAUUUGCUGGGUGCUUGUGUGUCUAACUGUGGUAAAAUAUUCCACUUGGAAAUCUGCUCAAGGGAGUUUGCAAGUGAAGUACGAAGUGUGCUGAACAGGGCUCACUCCAGGGUGUGUGAAAAGCUAAAAGCUCUGAUGGUGGAGUGGGCAGAGGAGUUCCAGAAAGAUCCACAGCUCAGCCUGAUCGGUGCAACCAUAAAAUCUUUGAAGGAGGAGGGCAUCAGCUUUCCCUCCCCGUCCUCACAGGGGUCUGCUGCAAAGGUCAGCACACCGGCUGUGAGCAAAACAUCGGACGAUGACAACCUGGCAAAAGCCAUCGAGCUAUCCCUGCAGGAGCAGAAGCAGCAGGCAGAAACACGGCCUCUAAACAUGACCUCUGACCCCCCAAACUAUACGAACGGUGGUGGGGGGCAGGAGGUCCGGAAGGUUCGAGCGCUGUACGACUUCGAAGCGGCUGAAGAUAAUGAGCUGACCUUCAAAGCUGGAGAACUUAUCCUGGUGCUGGAUGACAGUGAUCCAAACUGGUGGAAAGGAGAGAACCACAGAGGAGUCGGCCUUUUCCCUUCCAACUUUGUCACGACUAAUCUGAACGCUGAGCCAGAGCCAGUGACUUAUGUUGAAAAGACGAACAGUUCUGAGGAGUCAAGCUUGGAAACCAAAGUUGAGCCUGAGCCUGCCUGCAUUGAUGAGGGAAAGAUGGACAGCACGCUGGCACUGUUGCAGAAUGCAGAUCCUGCAGAUCUGUCUCCAGACUCCCCGGAGCUGAUCCAGCUGGAGGGUGCAUGUGCACAGAUGAACCCAAUGAUUGAUGAGAAGCUGCAGGAGAUUGACAGGAAACACUCAGAACUGUCUGAACUGAAUGUGAAAGUUUUGGAGGCGCUGGAGCUUUACACCAAGCUCAUGAAUGAGGCUCCGUUCUACUCAGCCUACUCCAAGAUGCAGACACAGUAUGGCCCAGCAAGCUCAGCCCCAGCUAUGCAGGGCUACCUUGGCCCUGCUGGAGCCCCCUAUAUGCCUCCAGUGAUGCCCCAGGUUCCUCCUGCUCAGGCCUACAGUCUACCCAGCGACCAGCCUGGACCUCUGCAGUCACUACCCCCUAACGUCUCAGCCCCACCCAACACUCAAGCUGCUCAGCCUCCCUAUAUGAGCAGCGGCAUGAACGCCCAGUACAUGAACCAAGCAGCUGGAGCUCCUUAUGCACCCCAGGCAGGCGUGGCCAUGGACAUGUCAGCCUAUCACAACUCCAACAUGCCUCCCGUGUCCUACCCUGUCUCCGCUCCUCCUCACCAGCCUCCCCAGCAGCAGCAGGCAGCAUAUUAUCAGCAGCCUCUGCUGUAAAACUCCUACUGACAGCAGACCUGAGAUGAACACGUACAUCAGAUAGUUCAGCCUCCUGUGGUGUGUUCAUUUGGCUUACCUUCUCUGUGUGUUUGUGUGCGUGUUGUUGUUGCUUUGGGAACAUUCCUUAAGACAUUUUUUUGUGCCUGAUAAGCUGAAUUGAACACACCAUGAGAGCUGAAAUAACGCAGGACUUUUGUUAAUCUGAGUAAGGACUCUGUCUCUCUCUGUGCAUGUCCUCAGCUGCUGUUUGUGAGGCUGAACAUCACAAGGUGGCAGGAAUUAUCUCCUGUCUUUCUCUUUUUUUCAUGGCUGACAGUGAAUGCAGCACCCUUCCUCUCAAAUACAGAGUUGGGUUUGCACCAAGACAGGAUCAUACAACGGUCACUCAUCGGCCCUGUUUACACCUUGCGUUGAAUGGUUCCUGGGGGAUCAGAUAACAGGUGUUUGGCCUUGAUGAUCGUUGUGAAUGCACUCUAAUGUAUCAUAAGGAAGAAGAGAGGUCUGGGAUGCCUUCAUCCACAUUGCUUUGAUCAUGUAAAUGCUUAUGCGUCCUUGGCAGAAAUAAGCAUCAGCCCCUUAAGAGGGAGAACAGUUACGCUUCCCUCUGGGUGAAAUACCUGAUGCAUUCAGUCCCUUAAAACAGACAGGUGCUUAUUUGUAUGCAAGGCAGGGCAGUACUGAUUUUAAGUAUUUAAGUGCUAUCCAACUAUUUUCAGAUCACCCAGAAUGAAUUUUAACGCAAGGGGUAAACAGGGCAUUGGCUAACUGAAGAAAUUAGCAUUUUGCAAUCCAUAGUUCAACACAAUGCUACUCCCACACAUCUAUCCUCUUUAAAUAAUUCAAAAAGCAUAUUUUCUUCUAGUGUGUAAACAAAGGGUCAGGGCACGUUCACAAUGAUGCAGAAAAAUGUGAAAGCUCUGCCUGUUUUGCCUUUGUUGUGGCUUUCUGGUAACACUGUUCAUCUUGUCUGCACCAAAGUAUCUGCAGAGCUGCAGCUUUACCCAUAGAACUGUUGUGCACUCUGUCUCGAAUCAAUUUAAAAACAUGGGCGCAUUUGAAUAAAACAGGCUAAAAUAGCUGCUCUGCAAGUAAAAUUUAGAUGAGUCGUGAGCCUCUUCUUAAAGUUGCACAGGCUGUAUUGAUUGUACCUAGAGCAUCUUUUCUUUUGGAUGUGCAUCUGGAAAACACUACUGAAUUGUUUCUAGUGUAGACAUCUUGCAGGCAGAUAUUACCUUUACACAAUUUUGCAGAAAAGCAAAAUAUAACUGUUUUGCUUGGAAAGUACUCAGCUGCUCAAAGUAAGUGAUUCUUAAGCUCUACUUGAGCUCCUGCACAGCUGUAUGGAUCAUUAUUGAUUUCUUUUAGAUGAAUAUUAGUGAAAAUAGCUUAACUGCAGUGCUGUUCAGAGCUUUUAGGCAUGUUUGGGCAACACAUUUAGGCUGAAGUUAGACGUAGAUGUGGGGAGUAAGCUGCCUGAGGACACCUGGGGGGAUUGACACAACCCUGAUAGUGCUCUGGAUGUCCUUGCAUGUUACCAGGGGCAUGGCUCAAGUCCAGGAGAUCUCAUCGGGGGGAAAUCUCUGACAUUGCCAAAAUUAGAUGGUACAUAUUCUAUUCCAGAAAAAAUGAUUAGAAACAUAAUUUACAAUGGCAUGUUAGAGCCCACAUAAAAACAGAUUAAUUUUUGAUUUUUGAGCAAUGAAAUAUUCAAAUAUUCAGGCAAAAAAACUGAGAUUUUUGAGAUUAUAAAGUUGUACAUUUACAAGAAAACAAACUCUAGAGAUUAGAGUUUUCAAAAAAGGUUGGAAAUUUACAAGAAAAAAAUGAAAUUUCAUAGUUUUAAAAAGUCAGAACUUUUGAUCUUGCAAUUUAAACAUUAGUAAUUUUUUUUAAAUCAGAAUUUCCAGCUGUGGAAAAGUAAAAAUUUUACAAGAAACCAACCUGAAGACAGUUGGAUUUUGACUUUCCGACUUUAAAAUCUCAAAAAUGUAAAGUUUUGGUUCAUGUAAAUUUAUGCCUUUUAGAGUAAAAAAUAUGUAUAUGUUUUUUUCAUAAAUUUUCUACUUUCUAAACUAGAGAAUUUCAAGUUUUUUCUUAAAAAUGCACCAAUCUCCUAUAUUGUUAUUUUUUUCUAGAGUGGCCUUAAUGUAUUAUUGUAACAAUGGAUAGGUUAUACAUAGAUCUUUUGAAGAACAAGUGUAUGUAGGCCUAUUAUGUUCAGAUUUUGUCAAUGAAAACAAUUAAAAUUGAUGUUUGAUUUUUUUCAAGUGGGGUCUUGGGGGGGCUAAGCCUCUCUUAGUUACAAGUAGGGGGGACCCUAAGGAAAACAGGUUGGGAACCUCUACCUGAGGUUACUGCCCAGGCAGGUAGUAGGGUUGCUGUGAGCUCCGGGUUGUCUCCGGGAUGUCCCAAGGCCUUGAAAAUCACUGGUGGUCUGAGAGCAUAUUACCAGGGGUAAAGAGGCCCCGACAAAAGAGAUGCUGUCAAGCUCGAAUGUGGACACACGUGUUGGUUGGCAUGCAUCAAGCUCGACUCUGGCCUGUCAGGGACUGUGAGGAAUCCUUACGCCCUAGAUAACUAAAACUUAUGUACAUAACUGUAUAUGAACAGUAGACAUCCUGCAGGCUGAAAGUAACUUUUAAUGAUCAGCCAGAUUUAAUAAAAUGUCUCUGUUUUGCCAGGAGAACUGAGCUGUCCAAAAAGCCUCUUAAUGGCAGCCUUUGCAAUCAUGCACAAAGUGUUAUGGUGCCAACUGGUGCAGAUUGAACUUCAUUUAACACCUAAAUGGCUUUUUCAGAUGAAUCUGCAUUAAUGUGAACACAGCCUAAAAGUUUUACUUCGAAAUGACCUCCUUGUUUUGAGGUGAAUUCACAGGAUUGGUGAGAGAGCUCAUGUUUCUGCAAAGCCAGCAUAUAUUGGAUUUAUGGGAUGGGGCUUAGGUGCUCGCUCCAAGACAAAGUGUUUCUGUUUUUUUUUUCCUUCCUCACCAGCAUCGUCACUGUAGCUGCUCUGUGCUCUGAACAGAACAUCCGAAGUAACAAAUUACAUUUUCUAUUAUAUGUGUAACAGUUUUUUGUGUGAAUGGUCUAAAAUACUUUUCCAUAACUCACUACCUUGUAAUGCAUUCUGUGGUUGUAUUUGAGAUAUUUAAGAGGAUGUUGUUUGUUUUUUUUAUGUAUGUAUGUGUUACGUACGUAUCUGUUUGAGGUUAGAGGGCUUGCAGACAUCUGGCUCUUUAUCAUUGUAAAUUUUUUUGCAAGGAUCAUCGGGUUUUAGGUUAAACUCAUGAGUUAAUGGUUUCAUCUUUUUGUUUGUCAAUCUGAUGGAAGAAUAUCCUCCUUGCCUCUUCCUCUUCACACAUGGGUUCUCUUCCAUCUCUCCUGAACCUCUUUAGGUCCAUGUUUUAUGCAAAUGCACGAUUCUGAGAUUUCUCCCGUCUUCAACUUUUCAAUGACAAUGCUUGUACUUUGAUUUAUAUGUAUAUUGAAACCUUAUACAUGUGUAACUUACAUGUUUGGAGAUUGUGUAAUAAUUACUUUGUUUCUGCUUUUACUUUGAUUGUCCAGGCAAAAAUGUAAAACAAAUUUUCAGAAAUUGUUAGCUGCUGUUUUGAGGAGUAUUUGUUUAAAAAAAAAAAAGAAGUGUGACAUGUUUUAAAUUUUGUUUGUCUUCAGUUUUGAGGUGUUGAUUAAUGAGCAGCUUUAAAAAUAGAAGCCACAGUUCUGUAGCGUUGUAGUUAUAAUUUUAGCCUGAAUUCUCUAUAGUUCCUUCCCACGCCUCUGAUAAAGGGCAUUGUAUAUUAGAUGUAAAAUACCUGGUUUCAUCAGUGACACUGCACCUUAGCUUUGUAAACAUUUAUUUACCACUGGAUGCCUUUUUUCUCUGUGAAAAACAAAGAAAGACAUGGACACAGCUUGGCUAGUAAACGUCUGUCUGAAUCAUCUGAAUAUGUAAAUCUGUAUAUUUAAAAUAUUCCAGGAAGAGUUCCUUUAUCCAGGAUUUUAAAGUGCUUUUGUAACAGAGCAAACUUAUAAUAUUCUUUGAAAUAAAAAAGUAAUUACCUGAGUUGAUGAGAUUCCUCUC